AUGGAAAUUUCUUCUCUAGCUGGGCGGCUGAGGAACUUCUUCCAGAGUGUUUCUGAAAACAAGGAUGUGUGCAAGCCUGUAGGACUUCUAAUGUCAGGGGUGAACCUCCUGGGUAAACAGCCCGGAGAUGUGCUCAGUCAGUUCAGAGCCUUCAAAGUAAUCUGGGAUCAGGACCGAGACGACCAAGUCAAGGAAUUCAUCAGUAGCAACCCCGACCUAUACCUGAUAAAGGAGCAAAUUUUACACUAUGAAACGGUUGAACAGGAGAUCGCGGACAUCACGCCCAUCGUCGUUUUAGGUGGAAUGGAAUUGUCAACAGCUCCACUGAAGAUGUCCCUGAGUGUGGAAGCGAAAGCCUGGAAACUGAUGCUGUGCAAGUACGUACAAAAGGAAUACAAGAAGAAGCUGAUGGACAUGAUCGCUUUCAUUAGUGAGCAGCAAAAAAAACUCUCACGCCCUAUAGCUGACCUGGACGACGUGAGAUUCGCUAUGGAAGCCCUGUCCAAUAUCCGGGACUCAGAAAUUAUAAUGGACAUGACCAUGGGGCCCAUCGAGGAAGCCUAUUCUAUACUAAACAAGUUUGAAGUGGAAGUGACGAAGGAGGAGGCCGAGGGUGUGGAUACACUAAGAUACUCUUUUGCUAAACUGCAGUCCAAAGAGAGAGCAGUCCAGCAUGAACUGGUCAGUGCGCAGCCCAAGUUGAAAGAGAAUCUCCUGGAAUCAGUCGGCACGUUUCAGAAUGACUUGAUGACUUUCGGCCAGAAGUAUGAAACGGAAGGCCCGAAUGUUUCAGGCAUUUCACCUGAGGAGGCCAGCAUCAGACUUCAAAUCUUCCAGACUGGGUUUGAUAACCUGUGGAGGAAGUUCACCACAUAUUCUUCUGGAGAACAGUUGUUCGGCCUGCCCGUCACUGAAUAUGAUGUUCUACAGAAAGCUCGGAAAGAGCUCGGGCUUCUUCAGAAGCUGUACGGCCUCUACGAUGCGGUCAUGAAUAAGAUCAGCGGCUAUUACGAAAUCCUCUGGACCGAAGUGGAUAUUGAAAAGAUCAACACGGAGCUUUCAGAAUUCCAAACCAGAUGCCGAAAGCUCCCCAAAGGACUGAGAGACUGGCAGGCGUUUUUAGAUCUGAAGAAAAGGAUCGAUGACUUCAGCGAGUCGUGCCCUCUCCUGGAGAUGAUGGCUCACAGAGCGAUGAAGCAGAGACACUGGGAACGCAUCGCUGACCUGACGCAGCACAAGUUUCACGUGGAUUCGGACACGUUCUGCCUUCAAAACAUAAUGGAGGCCCCACUGCUGAAACACAAAGAAGACAUAGAGGACAUCUGCAUCUCAGCAGUAAAGGAGAAGGAUAUCGAGGCCAAGCUGGCACAGGUGGUUGAUUUAUGGUACAGUCAGUUGCUCACAUUUAUGGCUUUUAAAGGCAGAGGAGAGCUGAUGCUUAAAGGAGCUGAGACGGCAGAAAUCAUCACUGCCAUGGAGGACAGUCUGAUGGUGCUUGGAUCACUUCUAAGCAACAGAUACAACACUCCUUUUAAGAAAGACAUCCAGAACUGGGUUUUUAAGCUCUCCACAUCAUCAGACAUCAUCGAGCAGUGGCUGCUUGUUCAGAACCUGUGGGUGUACCUGGAGGCCGUGUUUGUGGGUGGAGACAUUGCCAAGCAGCUUCCACAGGAAGCGAAGCGCUUCCAGAACAUCGAUAAAUUAUGGAUAAAGAUCAUGCAGAGAGCCCAUGAGAUCCCCAGUGUGGUGCAGUGCUGCGUGGGAGAUGAGACCAUGAGCCAGCUUCUACCUCACCUGCAGGAGCAGCUUGAACUCUGCCAGAAAUCUCUCACAGGCUACCUGGAAAAGAAACGACUGCAGUUCCCCCGCUUUUUCUUUGUGUCCGAUCCUGCUUUACUGGAAAUCCUCGGACAAGCCAGUGACUCUCACACCAUCCAGGCUCAUCUCCUGGGAGUGUUCGACAACGUCAGUGAGGUGGAGUUUCAUGUCAAGGACUACGACAAGAUUUUGGCGGUGAUCUCUCAGGAGGGCGAGAAAGUACCCCUGGACAAACCAGUAAUGGCGCGCGGUCCUGUGGAACUCUGGUUGGGAGAGUUACUGGUGCAACAGCAAGCCUCACUGCACUCAGUCAUAAAAGCAGCUCAGCUGCAGAUUAAUGAGCCCGACUUCCAGCUCCUCACCUUCCUUAACCAGGUCCAAGCUCAGGUGAAAAUGAACAUCAGGUCCGUCGGUGACUUUGAAUGGCUGAAGCAGAGCAGAUUUUAUUUCCGGGAGGAUCAGGAUCACGUCGCAGUGUCGAUCACGGACGUCGACUUCAUCUAUCAGAACGAGUUUUUAGGCUGCACGGACAGGCUGGUCAUCACUCCUCUAACAGACAGGUGUUACAUUACCUUAGCUCAGGCGUUAGGUAUGAGUAUGGGCGGAGCUCCUGCUGGUCCGGCUGGGACGGGCAAAACCGAAACCACCAAAGACAUGGGCCGCUGCCUGGGGAAGUACGUCGUGGUCUUUAACUGCUCCGACCAGAUGGACUUCAGAGGACUGGGCAGGAUUUAUAAAGGUGAUUUUAUUUAG